CUGUGCUGUUCUCGCUUUGGCUAAGGGGCAAUCCACGCCAGUUGAACAAUGUAACAGGGGUUAUGGAGAUACACCAAUUAACGCAUACCUAGAAGGAUGCACUACAAUGCCCUGCAGAGUACAGCUUGGGGAAGAUGCAGUUAUAAACGUCGUAUUUGAAUCUCCGCGUACAAUCCGAAGUAUGAAAACGGUCGCUCGUGCUUCACUCGGUCCUCUAACUAUCAAUUACACCCUAGGAGAGAAUGAAGUGACUUGUAAUCAUCUUGAAAACACAUAUUGUCCUCUGCAGAAAGGUGAAAUUGUGCAAUAUACGCUUCGAAUGUUCAUAGAACCUGUGUUUCCAACAAUUACCGUAUCAGUCGACUUCUUGGUUGAAGACGAGGAUCGGAUUCCUCUUUGGUGCAUACGAAUUCGUAUCCAGGUCGUCAACUCACAGGUGAAGAGAAUUUCAAAUAGUUCUACACCACCCGCUUCGAAUAGCUUAAUAUUAAAAUAUCUUAAUGCUACAAAUGUAGCUACUUAG